AACAACACCACGAUGGCCACUCCACGAGUCCGCUCCGCGUGCAGCGCAUCACCAACAACCCUCGCGCCGCACCUGCCCCGCCCGCUCCCGAGCGCCCAACUAGCGCUGUACACUGCCGCGCAGCUGUCCCCAAGCGCACGCGACACGCUGUACGCGCUGCUGGACGCCAACAUGGCCCCCCUGGCGGCGGGCACGUCGAUGGAGCACGAGCCGCUGUCGAAGCGCGCAGAGAUGUUCGACAAGGACGCGCGAUACCUCGUCCUCACGCGCACCCCGUCGCCGCCGAUGCCGGGCGCGCUCCCGCCCACGCCGGGGCGCCGGGCGCGCGUCGAGCUGCUGGCCGACGAGCUGCUCGGCUUUGCGAGCUUCCGCUUCGACACCGAGGAGACGUGCGGCGCAGAGGACGCAGAGGUCAUCUACUGCUACGAGGUCCAGCUCGCGCCCGACGCACGCGGCCUCGGCCUCGGCGCAGCGCUCAUGGCCGAGCUUGAGGGCAUCGGCGCACGGCGCGGCAUGGCAAAGGCCAUGCUGACGUGUUUGGCGUCCAACACCACCGCGCUCCACUUCUACACCAAGGCAGGGUACACCGCCGACGAGAUCGACCCGACCCGCAUGGCGGAUGACGAGGAGGGCUGGGAGGACGUCGGCGAGGACGGCGAGGUGCGCAGGCCAGAUUACCGCAUUCUGAGCAAGGAGCUGUGAGCGGUGCGGCGUCAGCCGCGCGUCGCGAGCUCGCCCACGGAUAUGUCACGACACCGCGACGCCGUAUAAUGCCA